AUGUCUUGGUUGUUAUUAAGCACAUUCUGUUUAUUGUUUUAUUCGACAUACUGUGCAACUGAUGACACUAAAACUGAUAAUGUGGUAGUCGACUGCAGUACUUUAAGAAUGGGUCAAUAUAUCUGUCCUGACCCAAAUCAAAAUCAAAUAGAUUCUGCUACUCAACAAUACGUUGGUUGCACCAAGGGAAAAGAUGUUCCCUCAGAGGGAGAAGCAAAUGUUUGGUGCAUAGCAGCUGAUAAGAUUAUAUGUAAUGAAACAAAAAAUUCAACAUUUUAUAAGAAAAUGCCAUGCAAAUGGACAAAUGGCUAUUCUUUAGAGAUAGCAUUACUAUUGUCAGUGUUCCUGGGUAUGUUUGGCUUGGAUAGAUUUUAUCUUGGUUAUCCUGGUAUUGGACUCGCAAAGCUGUGUACACUUGGAUUUAUGUUCCUUGGGCAAUUGCUUGAUAUAAUUCUAAUAGCAGCACAGGUUGUUGGCCCGUCGGAUGGAUCUGCAUAUGUGAUACCAUACUAUGGUGCUGGUGUAACUGUUGUCCGAAGCGACAAUGAGACAUACCUCCUGCCACAAGCAGACUGGCACAACAUCACCUGA